UAUUGGGCCUCACAGCGCAACCCCCUCUGUGCCUGUAUUGCAGGGCUGUACCCAGACGAGGCUUUCUCCCCUAGAAUUAUAGCUUAAGGAUCGACUGCAGAAACAAAUUGUAGCCCCCCCCCCACAGUAGAAAGUAAUGGUACAAUCCCAUACCCUAUAGAGCAGGGAGCUGGUUGUAGGGCAGACAGGCCUAAAAGAGCAAGGAAUACAAAACAGUCUCUGUCUAUACUGUCCAAUUGCAUGCUGGGUAUUGUAGUUUUAUAUUAAUCCUAUCUGUAGGCUAAUUGUUAGAUACAAACUACAUUACCCAGCACACAGUGGGACACGCAUGUCAGGUUUAAUAGGGGAAAACUUUGACUAGUUUCCAAACUACAAACCCGCCAAGGCUCCAAAAAAUAGCCCAAAUUAGCGGGUUUGUACUUUGGAAUCCUGCCUGGGCUUUAAGUUAGUAGCCCAAUUUGGCAACCCUGGGCUGCAGUGCCACCAGGCAGGCUAUGGACUGUGAGAUUGGUCACAAUUUCUCAGCCUUAUGGCACUCACAACCACCUAUUAUAGUGCCCAGUUAUGUGCUGCCGUGGCACAGUCAAUCCCGCUUCCCCAAAAGGGCCACUCUACCUUGUGGUAUUGUUCUCCUUGUGCAGUUGCCCAGUGACUUUCAAUAGCUAAAAGUGAAUGUACUUGUGGUUCAGCUUGCAGUUUCAGCUUUUUACUGAUAGUUUAGUCACAAGGCAGUUCUCUCAGGCCUCCUAGUGUACUUUACUUCCAUUACAAGGGGCCGUGGGCUAGCAGUCCUGUGAUAUUGUAUGAGAGAGUCCUGUGCGGGCCUAGACCCAACUACACAUUGCCCCUGCCCCCUGACCUGCUACCCAACCCUACCAGCAGUGGGUUAACUUUAUACUGACUAGGGGACUAAAAUGGAUUUGACUCCAUCCGAGAAGGCAGAUGAACCUGGUCAGAAAAGCAAAUCUUUAUUUUCCACAAGAGGCCCGGGAGAGAUUUGUAGAUCAGAGCCUACUGGCAACCUAUUAUAUGAUUUAGCUUAUUGUACAGCACUGCAGAAUAUGUAGGCGCUUUAUAAAUAAAUGUUAUUAAUAAUAAUAGCUAAAUGCACAGUUAGCCAAAUAGAGCCCCUUCUCAUAGUAGGGAAAAUGUCCUGGCUUUUUGUAUAUUAUGUAUUAAUAUGACGAAUCAGUGCCAGCAUAGCUAUAACUCUGUAGUAAGUACAGCUCUGCCAGUAGGGAUGCCUCCUAACUGGUAAGAAUGAUGCUUGAUGCCAGUGUUAUUAAUAGGGAAAAAUAUAGAAAUGCUGGUAUAUUUUUUCCAGAUAAAGGUGGUAACCCUAUCCGCUGGGGAAAUUAAAGCCAUAGUGACAUCCUUCCAAUAAUAUGCUUAUGGUUACCACAAGAAAAGAUGGAUUUGGCCAACCAUGGACUAAUACUGCUGCAGCAGUUAAAUGCCCAGAGAGAGUUUGGUUUUCUAUGUGACUGCACAGUUGCAAUUGGUGAUGUCUACUUUAAGGCUCACAAAUCUGUCCUUGCAUCAUUUUCCAACUAUUUCAAGAUGCUCUUUGUACACCAGACAAGUGAAUGUGUUCGUUUGAAAUCAACAGACAUCCAACCAGACAUAUUUAGCUAUCUAUUACACCUUAUGUACACUGGGAAAAUGGCACCUCAGCUUAUUGAUCCUGUACGACUGGAGCAAGGCAUCAAAUUUUUACACGCCUUCCCCCUCAUCCAAGAAGCCAGCCUUGCAAGUCACGGUGGAUUUUCCCAUGCAGAUCAAGUAUUCCCAUUAGCAUCAUCUCUGUAUGGUAUUCAGAUUGCUGAUCACCAGAUAAGGCCCCCUGCAAAGGUCACUCCAGCCACUGAAAAGGCAACUCGUGAUACUCGGUCACAAACCUCCAGGCUGGGUCAAGAUACCACAUCAGAGAAUGUACAAAUAAGUCAGCUUCCGUCUGCACUUCCUACAGCUAACCGCACAAAUCUAACUUUCUCUGAAACAGUUCAUGCUCCCCUGUCUCCUGAAGCCAGUUCAUCUGUGCUCCCAACAGCAACUUCUGUGGAGGAGAACAGCAUGGAGGAAUCGCCAACUGAUGAGCAAAAUACAUCACUGACAAUUGCGCACGUCAAGCCGAGCAUCAUGAAACGGAAUGGUAGCUUUCCUAAAUACUAUGCCUGUCAUCUGUGUGGCCGUCGCUUUAACCUGAGGAGUAGCCUUCGUGAGCACCUUCAGCUUCAUACAGGAAUACCAUUUAGUUCUGCUGCUGGACAGACAGAGACCAGCAUAUCCCCCUCUUUUUGCAACAAUGGAGCUGAUCUAGGAAAAGAAUCCAUGGAAACUACAGAGGCUGGCAUAAUAAGUGACAGUGAUAUGCCACAAAUUUCUGACUCUCCAAUCAUUGAUGGGCAGCAGCAGGCAGAAACCCCACCCCCCACCGACAUUGCAGAUAUUGAUAAUCUUGAGCAGGCAGACCAGGAAAGGGAAGUGAAGCGUAGAAAAUAUGAGUGCAGCAUUUGCGGGCGAAAAUUUAUUCAAAAAAGCCAUUGGAGGGAACACAUGUAUAUCCACACAGGAAAGCCAUUCAAAUGUAGUACAUGUGACAAGAGCUUCUGCAGGGCUAACCAAGCAGCGAGGCAUGUGUGUCUAAAGAGUUCUGAUACCUACACGGUGGUGGACAAACAGACUCUGGAGUUGUGCUCGUUUGACGAAGGCAGCCAAAUGGACAACAUGCUAGUUCAAACAAAUAAACGUUACAAGUGCAACGUCUGUGACAAAACUUUCUCAACACCCAAUGAGGUGGUCAAACACACGUGCCAAUCGCAAAACUCAGAUGUCUUUGCUCUGGAAGAGGAAGGGAAGCCCCUCCUGUUGAGCAGUGGGGACUCAGAGGCUGCAGAUAAUGAGCACUCUAUGCUGGCAUCUAUUAAAAAAGAGCAAGAAGGAGUGCUGGAUUAAUUCUGCUCUUUAUAUACUUUGUUUCCUUCUAAAUGCUUUUUUACUUAGAAACUGCUGUUUUUUUUUUGUUUUUGUUUUUUUUUUUUAAUCACUUUUUCUUUCUUCUACCACGUGUGUAGAGUAGAGAGCGAAACUCACAGGUCGGCAAAGGAAACCAUGCUUUUGUGUUAGGUAACCUUUUGCAUUAAGGCUCCCUCUUGAUUCCUAUUUUAUAAUACUAUUUGUUCUGUUGGUCCUACACAACUGGAAAGAUGGCCCUUUUGUCAGUAGAACUACUGAGGCUUGUAAGUGGAACAUGUUUCGGAAAUUGAAGUGUUUUUGUGAAUAAUGGAAAGCAAGGAUUUGGGGUAAAAAAAUAAAUAGAAAUGCAUACACAUUUAAUAUAUCAUGAAUUUUUUUCAUCAUGUUUAUUAUUGAUCAUACGCCAUACUGCACUCACUAACCAAUACUUAUAUCCAUGGUCCAUAAAUACAAAUUUCUAAUCUCCAGAGCUCUUGGAAGGGUUUCUUUUUAAAACCACAUCAUUUUAUAUUAUUGGGAAGCCUAAUCUCUCUAGCUGAGAUCGUAUCAUUUGAAUCCAGUUAGUACAAUAGCAGUCCUCAUUAUGCAAUAGGUAUAGGUCACUGAGGUUCAGUGUCGCCGUGGAAGUUCAGUUUAUACAUAAUGGUAUAAAAUGAUGCUUGCCAGUAGACCUCUAGUAUCUCUAUAGAUAAUCAAGUGCACUUUGUUGGCACAAUAUACCAUCAUACAAAUAUUCAAUACACUGUUGUUGGGAGACAAUACAAAAAUAGGACACAGUAGAGGUACCGAAACUAGGAUACCAUUUGCAGCACAUUUUCUUGAAGCAAACUAUUUGUUAUGUUACUCCUCCACCCAAUAGCAAUAUCUAUAUUUUAUAUAAGGGUUGUAACCCCAAAACCAUUCAUAGGUCCAUGAUUCAAACAUGGCUCUUUUCUUAGAAAAUAUUUUUAGUUUGCUUAGGGUCCUAGAUGUAUUUUGUCCUCUUUACUUGUAGAAGACAUAUUUGUCUCAUCAGAUACAGCAAAGCUGUGUGUGUUUUGUCUUUCUUUUGCUUUGCCAGUGCAUGGUAUAUGCAGAUAACUGCGUUAUUGUUCUUUUAACUCAUACUAAUCUUUGCACAGCAGCCUGCCGUGCCUUACUGCUUCCCUUCUUACUCCCAUCAACAUCAUUCACUGUCGAUUUAGCUCAUAGUUCUUUUUUGUUGAUAAACAAGCCCAUGCAGGAUAUCCACCCAAGGUUUGGGAACAUAGAAUGGGAAGAAUGUAGAAUUAAAGCUAUGUAGAGAUGUAUAAAGCUUGUUUUUGGAACCUUCCAACAGUCUGUUGCCUGGCACCUUCUGGGUCAAACCACCAAGCAGCAGCCGGAAUGAGAAUUCUGUGACCCCUGCCACAUGCAGAGUUGGUGAGCAGCUAGUAAUCCUGUAUGCAAGGCCUGCUCUCAGAGUGCCAUUUGUGCCAACAGUAAAGCUUGAUUUGCUUUAGAAAUUGGAACUAUGAAAAUGACAUGGAUUACUCAAUUACUUGUUUUUAUAUGCUGAGCUGGGGCAUACAUUUGUUUUAUGAUUUUCUUUUCUCUCUCUUCAGCCACUUUGUUCCUUAGAAUCUAAAGAAGCUUGUUAGAUGUACUGUAAUCUUCAUAAAAAGGAAAGAGUAGUUAUCCCGGGUGGCAUUGGGCUUGCCCACAACAUUUCUAGAGUUUCCUUAAGGCUGGGCAGUGCUUAUACAUACUAUUAGUACUCUGUGACUCCCAUUUACUUAGACACAAAGCAGCCCUUUAGUGCUGGUGCUCAGCAUGCAGUUUUUGAUGGGAUUUAACCUUUGCACAUUGCUCGCCAUUACUGGACAAUACGCAAGUGUCAACUGAGAUUCUCACUGCAGUCCAUUGGUCUGCAACUUCCUUGUGGCUCAAUGUAGGAAACUCAGCCAGUCUUGCCAACAUGUUAUAGCAAAAGCAGGAUGCCACAGAGGUGUUUAAACAUGCUUAAAGGGGAAGUUAGAUGGACCUAUUCUUAGCAACUUUUUUUUUUUUUUUUUUCAAAUCUUGAUCUUUCUGUUCUUGAACUGCAGCUAAGAAUUGUUGUCUGGUUGCCGGGGCCACAGGCUCCUGCAAUAUAAAAAAUUAUGAGGCUGUAUUUUUAUUUUUCUCAGCUUUUAUUGCUUCUAUUUCUGUUUAGCCCUUCUCUUAUUCACUCACAAUAAAAAUGUAAAUAGAAAAUAAAGGCCAGUCACAAAUUCUAUAUAUGUAGCGUUAAUUUUAAAGGGGUUGUUCACCUUUAAAUUAACUUUUAGAAUGUUGUAGAGAGUGUCAUUAUGAGACAAUUUGCUAUUGGUCUUCAUUUUUUUUUUUUUUUUACGUUUUUGAAUUGUUUAGCAGCUAUCUGGUUGCUAGGGUCCAGUUUACCCAGCAACCAGGCAGUGGUUUGAAUGCGAGACAGGAAUAUAAAUAGGAGAGGGACUGAAUAGAAAGAUAAGUAAUAAAUAGAAACAUUAACAAAACAAUUGUAGCUUUAAAGAGUUCUAGUUCUUUUGGCUGCCGGGGUCAGUGACCCCCAUUUGAAAGUUGUAAAGAGACAGAAAAGGAAAGCAAAUAAUUCAAAAACUAUAACAAAAAAAACAACUGAAAAGUGAAGUAUUGGCCAUUCUAUAACACUUAACAAAGGUAAACUGCCGCUUUAACCUCAUUCACAAUCAACCAAACAAAAGUAACCCAACCUUAUAAGCAUGGGGUCUGUUACCCACUGCCACUGUAGUUCUGCUGCAACUGCCACCUGUUUCUCCCAACACAAGCAGCAUAUGACAGACGCAUUACAUACACAACCAAAGUACCCGUGCAAGGCUGCCAUUAUGAGCAAAUAUACAUGGAUAUAAAGCCAGAAGAACUUUUUUUAUUUAAAGAGAGGAAUUUCCUUUUAUGAAUAUGUCCGACUGUUAUUCCUGAGCAAAUGAUUGGAUUGUCACUGCCUUUGCAUUGCUGGAUCUGGUUACAGAAACUCAAGGGAAUAGGCUUCUAACUGACAAAAAGCUGUAGCAGUUCCGCUUCUAUUAACUUGUUGCUUGAUACUCAUUGUCAUGUAUAUAAACUUUAUUUUCAUCAGAAUAAAGCAAUCUUUAUUAGAA